UUGCGAACUUUUCCCAUGAUUUGAAUGAGAUUACCUCCUAAAGUCUGAUUAAGUCCACACACUUCAUUUUCCAAGGAUCUGGAAAUAUAUUUUCAACUCUUGGAAAUACUCUGAUCCCGCUGCGCUUUUUUGUUCUUGGCGUUAAUUUUAGGGAUGGAUCCGAUUCGUCUUCUCUCUCACUAGCGGUGAUUACUUUAUGCAGUCCUCUGUAAUCCGUCGUUUUUAUGGACUCCUCGAUCAAUGAUGACUAUGAGUUCAAUGUCUGAUAGUUUGAUUGCUUCAGACCCCUCUAAAUCGGCGUUUUUAGAAAUUGGUCACGGGCUGCCCACGCAUUCUCAGCACUCCCCCGGACUGUCUCACAACCACUACCCCGUUCAUGGCUUACAUACUGGCGGACACUCGCAGCACGACAACCCCUUCUCUUCGUCGGCGUCCUCGUACGGGCGCUCGCUGGGGUACCCCUACUCAAGCACGGUAAGCACUCCCCACCCGAGUGCCUACCUGUCCUACCAGCACAAUAGCCACAGCAGCACUUUCGGACAUACAAGAAUAGAGGACACAGAUCACGAGAAGCCAACAGUCAUUGAGAAUGGAGAAAUACGGUUGAACGGCAAAGGCAAGAAGAUCCGAAAACCCCGAACCAUCUAUUCUAGUUUACAGCUGCAGGCCCUGAACCAGAGGUUCCAGCAAACCCAGUACCUCGCGCUGCCUGAGCGCGCAGACUUGGCGGCUAAACUAGGCCUGACCCAAACACAGGUGAAGAUAUGGUUUCAAAACAAGCGCUCCAAGUACAAGAAGAUAAUGAAGCACGGCACAAGCGGUCCGGAAGGAGAGCUUCUGCACACCACCUCGUCCAUCUCGCCUUGUUCGCCAGGACUGCCGCAACUAUGGGACGUGUCAAUGGCUAACAAAGGAGCACCCAUGCACUCAAGCGGCUACAUGAACAAUUUCGGACACUGGUACCCCACCCAUCACCAGGAUACGAUGUCGAGACCUCAGAUGAUGUGAUAGUAUCAUGUCAGUUUUAACAGUGCAGACGUCCAUCCACCGACUUCGGACUCAGACCACGCACUAUACCUUUCAUCCUUUCCUCCCUUGCUUUAGAACUGUUUCAAAAGGUAUAGGCUACGUGUACAAAUUUUAAUCGAUUUUUUCUUUCAUAGUUGUGAGUAAAAUGUGCCUUUUAAUGCGGCGUAUCAUUAAAAGAGACACGUUUCGUGUAAAUGUUGAGUAAAUGUUUUUGUUUUUUGUUUGAAAUGUAUAGGACUAUUUUGUUGUUGCUUUAAAUGACAUACUCGGGUAGGAAAAGAGACUCCAAAGGCAUAUAUUGUGUUAACCCUACCGCGGAUUUCGAAUGGCGGGGCAUUUUCGGCUGUUAUUUCAACUGCAGUUGUGUGAUCACCCUCCUGCAGAUUUUCGGGAAAUAUGAAGUCUUUUGUCGUGUGAUAAUCUGAAAAAUACGAUGAU